CAAACGACAGUGCCGCGGGAACCCAUUCCAACUGUAUAGGAGCGGAGGGAUAUGUUCAGUCGAAUGUUGCCGGAGCCGACGCUGAACUAGCCGAUCGAUAUGCCUCACAGACGAUAACUCAAUAGCGGUGGAUAGGUGGGAGAGUCUAUGUGUAGCUGAUACAUCGGACAUCCCCUUGUACAGCCACUGACCGAUCGUCAAUUCCAUGAAUAUCUACAUAGCCAAAGCGCUGGCAUCAUCCCCGCGCUGAUCCGACGGUAUUGGAGAAAAUACAGAGCGAGCGGCGUUCAGCAUUAUCACGCUACCUGCCACCCCUCUAGCCUCAGUAAGAGUGAUCGAUGCCUGUGCCACUUGCAUUCUCUCCGUGUGUCUGCCGGGUUUCUAAGAACGGUUAACAUUUCAUUGUACAGUAAAGCUGUUUCUGCUAUUUCUAACAACAGCGAUGGCGUGAUGGUAUAAUGGACAGCAAGCCAUCUGGUAACGACCUUGCUGGGAUGGCAGAGGGAUUUUAGAAGUGAUCGUCUGCUGUGAAGAAAUGGCGGCAAGCUUGUACAGGAGGAAAGACGAAGGUGAGGCUGGACGAACCAUUCCAUGUCGCUUCCUCCGAGUCGCUACAUCAGCGCUGCCGGUACUGAGUUCACAUUCUAUGCCGCGAAUGUGAUGAAGUUGCCACUGAUGUAUCUAUCAAGAUAAUAAGCUCAAUCCUACUGUAACGGCCAUUUUCUCGGAGGCGCGUGGGAAAAGAAGCGAGUGGAAUGAUAUGUCCCAAUUUCCAUGGCGUGAGGCUGUGUUGGGAGGGAUAUAGAUUCCACCACGAUGGUUGUCGACGUUGUUCACAUUGCUGUCUGGGCUGUAUACGCGUGUGUGCAAUUUCUUCUUCUUACUUCCGCCCGUGUAGCGCCUGAUCUACCAAAAAUUGGAUCCUCGUCCUAUCGGCAGGUGCCCCACUAUGAAAACUACCGAUUCCCGGAAGAUUUUAAGCGUUCCCUACGCUCUCAAGGGGAGAUAACCUACUCCACCCUCCCUAGUGCUACCCCAGGGGAUCACCAUUCUGUCCCCACAGCUACUGAAGUCCUUGAGUACAUUGACGAUGUUCAACGAGUUAACGAAUGGUGUGCAAAUAAAAAGGAAAAGUACAAUCCAGUGGAGAAGUAUGUAUUCCCUGCCAAGUCUUUCUCCAAACCCUUCCGGGAACAGAUGAAAAAGGCCGUCGCCUUAUCCAACACGCUCAAUGCUUAUUUCAUGUACCCUGAUGUUAAAAACAGCCAACUGAAUGAAGAUAUAUAUUUUGCCUUAACGCAAUCAGUAGUUGAGAACGACAACAAACUAAUCGGCUGUGGCAUAGCCUUCGACAAGGGACAGAAUCCAUCUAACUCCACACAGUUCUUUCCUUAUACCUACAAACCUGGGAAACAAACAAACAAAGUGGUAGCAUCAGAUCUAGGUAAAAAUUACCUAUACUCGACAACGUCUUGGUUCGGAACGCUUAAACGCAAGAAAACUCAGUCAAAACGUACGACGGAUUUUAUUUUUGCGGAAAAAAGUGAUGUUGGGAAGUACAAGAUUUACGACUACCGCCGGAACUUCACUGUCAAAGUGUCGGAGAAUGACGGGUUUCUGGGCAAACCGUACUUCGACUGUAAACUUCAAAGAUGGGUCAUACAGUAUUCUGUACCAUUCUAUCAAACGUUUGAUAACGAUUCACCAACAUUCAAAGGGGCUGUCCUGUUCGAUAUUGACCUCUUAAGCUUAGAGAUCAACCAGUGUGCUAACGACGACUCACUAUUUGCAAACACACACACUUGUCGCCCUCCCACUGCUAAAUGUGUUCAUAUUCCUGGAAACGGACUAAGAUGGGCCAGCUACCGUUGUGAGUGCAGUCAGGAGGCCUGUGACCAAAUAGACGAGAACGAUAAAAACUUAGACGGAAAGCUUAUGGAGAAAACAUAUCUGUUCAGGAAUGUGUCAGACAACCACACACAGGAUCAAUGUCUUCCUUGCAUAGCUGUGUACAAUAUUCUACUUCGCGGAAUACCGCUUGGAAUACAGAGUUUUUGCAUGACAAUAGCAUUGGUCAUUGGCAUCGUUAUAGUGAGGUUAAGAAAAACCAAGGUGAUGCGCUCCAGUAUGUGGAUUUUACUAGAGAUGAUAUUAGUGGGAGCCCUUCUCUUAUACGCAACAGUGGUAAUACAGUACUUCGAACCUACGACGCUAACAUGUAUAAUGGUCCCUUGGUUUAGAGAGUGUGGAUUUGCUAUAGUGUAUGGGGCCCUAGUAUUAAAAGUAUACAGAAUAUUAGCCGAAUUCCAGUCCCGAAAAGCCCAUCGAGUGCACGUGAGGGACAAAGACUUGUUGAAGUAUCUGACCGUCAUCAUCAUUGUGGUGAUAGGCUACAUGGCAGCAUGGACGGCCGUCAACGUGGACCACUUGUCCGAGAACGCCACACUCCUGGCCGUGGGCAAGACAGAGGACCAACUCACAUACACCAUGUGCAAGUCACAUUGGUGGGAUUACGUCAUAGAGCUUUCUGAGUUUCUGUUCCUGUGUUUUGGUGUCUACCUCUGUUACUGCGUGCGAUCUGCCCCCUCGGACUACUCUGAGAGAAGGUGUAUCUCGGUAGCCAUCUGCUAUGAAGCUUUCUUCUCUACUAUAUUUUAUAUACUUAAGCAUCUGUGGUGGUAUACCCUUCACCCCGACUAUAUGUUCCUCAUGUCCUUUCUGCGCUGUCAGCUUACAGUCACCGUUGUUUUACUGCUUAUAUUAGGGCCAAAGUUGUGGUAUGCACAUCGACCGUUAGACGAUGAUCAUAUGCGGAAUCGAGCGUACUCACAGUCAGACGUGCAGGACAGCAUUGCCCCGGAGACCAUGAAGCUCAACGUGGGCAUAUCCUCCAACGGAGACGUUGAUGUAGGGGAGAUAAGUCUUGCUGAGAUGGACCCAGAAGACAUCCGGGCGGAACUCAAACGGUUAUAUACACAACUUCAAAUAUACAAAACUAAAGCCAUGCGGAAGGACAACCCACACAUUUCUAAGAGAAGAGGGGGAAGGAAACAGACGCAUCGUCGUUUUUCUCUUCAAGCGUUUCAUCACAAGCAUCGCCAUCAUCACGAUCAUUCGGAGCACGAGCAUGAGAUGUCGAAAACUCCCGAAGAGUCUACGAACAGUGCCGAGGCUAUGGCAUUGACGAUGGAGGAAAGAAGUCGCGGUGAAGACAGUCAUGAAGGAAGAUCGGGCCCUUCCGUAUCUUUUAAACCUGGACAUAAGUAAGCAUGAAUACUCGGAUCUGUGCAUCGGAACUUGCCGGAAUACUCGGGAAAUUUCGUCUUGCCGAAUAUUUCCUUGUUGGGAAUGUUGACGUGAUUUUAAAACUGCCAACAAUCGGAAGAACACGGGAAUUCCGUAUCAUAUGAAUUUCCCAUUAUUGAAGAUUUCUGGAGAUAUGGGAUUGGGUAUUACAUUACUUGUAAUUCCACUGUUGUCAUGUGGAAUAUAUUUGUCGUUCUUUUUCGUUUAGAUGAUGAUACUUAACUGUACUGUAUACUUCUGGAUGAUGGCCUCGUGACGAGAGGGCAGUCUCGCAGACACAUGGGCGUAUGCCCCAUAAGAUUUUUAAAAAUCAGGCCUCAUCACGUAAAUAUUGUUGAGAAGACACGAGAGUGAAAUUGCCCCAGGGUUUCAUCUAAACCGAAAUUUGUUGACUGAAAACGAAGCCUUCUCUUAACCAUUCGCCAUUUCAUGCCAUUUCAACUUUGUUGCAUCAAAAUGGCGAUGUUUGCUGUUUGGAACUGUACUUGUUAUUGUAAUGUUUAUACAUAAAGAAGCAUAUUGGAGGUGUUCAUUUACCUUGUUGUAUUGUUAGAUUGCUAUGUUUCAUAUGUAGCGCAGUGAAAUGUAAAACAUGAUUGUCACAAUAUGUUACGGUGUGUGGGUAUUUUACUAUAUUCUGAAAAUGACCAUUAUACUUCCUUCAUUGCAUAUUUCAUCCCAAAUGACCUUGUCAGAAAAUGAGGUCUAGUACCAAAACUUCAUUACAUCGCUUUGAUAGUUUCAUAUACUCAUGUAUAAUGAUUUAAUGCUAUCCAUAUUACUGCUGGUCUUGGCCGAGCUGGUGGGUUAUACCCACUCACGAUAAGGGAUGUGUUGUUUUGCUUACUAGCCCCAAACAUGUACACGUAACUGGAAUUGUCCGUCAUGCCGUGUAAGUUCGUAGUGGUUCCUAAACGUGCUAAAUGUGCCAAAAUUUAGUUGGUCUAGUUUGUCCUCCAAUGUGUUUGUUUAUGUCCAUACCAUCAACGUUGAAUUAUGAAAAGAGGAACAUUUUGUGCGGUAAAUAAAUAUACCCUUUCUUAUGGGAAAAGGGCGUAUUUACUUACGUAUCCAUGAUUGUUACGUAACCAUUUCCAUUCAAACUGAUAUAUCUAGUAUCGUUCUUCUUUUUAUAUUUCGUUUCUCAUAUUUUCUUGUCCAACAGUCGUAUGAUGACAAACUUGGAUCGUGAAUCACCCAUGACAAGUUGUUAUAUAUAGACAUAUGUGUGCUUUUGUGCUCAAUCGACAGGUACGAAUAUGUCAGAGGCCGAUGAACUGAAACAUCUCCUUCAGGGUUAUGCUGUCUCAUCCUAAACCCUGAAGCAUUUUGAUGUUUUAUAGGUUUUGAUACGAGUAGGGGCUAUAACAGAUUUCAGGAUACAUGUUCUUGUUCUGGGCUUUGCUGUCUCACUUACAUGCCCAGAGUGAGACCAUGUAUCAGGAACUUUUGUAAAGAAAGAAUUUGCGAAAAAAAUUCUCUUUCAGGGCUAUGCUGUCUCGUUUACUAGCCCUGGAUGGGCAUUAUGUAUCGUGAACUUCGUACAUGAUUGACAAGCAUUUUGGUGACAGGUUCUUUCGUAUGGGGCCAUGCUGUCUCACUUACCAGCCCUGAACGAAAUUACGUGUCAUUAAUAUAUGCCAGAAAUUGUAAUUUGUAGACACAUCAUUACCUUCAGGGCCAUGCUGUCUCACUUACCAGCCCUGGAGGUGUAUUUUGUAUCUUCAUUUACCAUUUCUGUUGUUUUUAGAAUGAGCUAUGGUCCCUACUCCUAAGCAAAUCGAAACGUGUUUUGACUUGACGACAUGUAGUGUCUGAGGUAUUGAAUAUGAUAACACGACUCUUUGGUGACGGGAAACUGUUCCGUUGUCCCGAUCGUGUUGAGAUGUUGGUAUCCAUGGUAGGGGCCACGCUGUAUCCCAAAUAAGCCCCAUCUCAUGACAAGCUGGAAACUUUGUCACAUUUUAGUUCUAUUUCUGUGACUGGAAAUACAUAUGUGGUUAACACAGGAGAUGAUACUUUGGGUAGCCUACAUUCCAUUAAAGACAAUGGAAUUCGGAUGAAAAUGACAAUCCUUGUGCGAUCCUUAAUGCUUUCAACAUGUUAAUUAUCAAAGGGAACAACCUCGGAUACACGUUGGACCCGAGAGGGAACGACAACCUCCAUGUGGGUGAGGUUGUCAUGUCACGUUACUGGUGGACCCAUGUUCAGGGCAAAGUCGCCUUUAUAAUCAGCCCAGAUCGUGCACCUUUAGCAUGGUCAAAUUCUGCUCAUGAGCAAGAAAACGAUCUUGGUUUGAUUCUUCUGACUUGGAACAUGGCUGUGGUGUGAUACUAUAGAUUUAUAGUGUUAGACAUGGUUGGGGCAGUGCUGUCGCGCUAGUCAGCGCAGAUCGAAACAGAGCGUACGCAUGCAUCUGGUGCAGGUACGUCUACAGACUCCAAAUAACACGAAUAUACACUAAAAUGUGACCCAGUUACAAAUUGUCAUUAGCCCCAAACAGGUAUAUUAAUUGUGACCCACGCGUGGAAUUUUGGGGAAGGAUAACAUUGUUUAGUCUGGUCAUGGGUAAUAAUUUUGGUUACGCGACACUGUCGACUGGUAACUCCUGUUUCUACCCGCAGCGAGCCUUGUGCUAAACCUUUGUAGACAGGAGACCAGUUUGAACCUUAUGUCAAGAGAGUCAUUCUGCCGUCGAGGAAGGUUAAGCCUGAAUUCAACAUAGUAUAUCCAGGUUCCGGGCUGAGCUGUCUCGAAUACCAGCCGCGAAAUGUGUAUAUAUUGUCUUGACUUCUGAUAAUGUAUUGACAUCUGUUGACUCCUGUUUGUUUAUGGUCUCGGUGUUGUUUUUAUCCUCAUCUUGUUGUCAUGGUGAUUUUAUAAAGUUCCCAUCAUACGAAAGUACUCCUCGGACAUCCUUUUAAUGACCAUGUAAAUUCUAAGAGAAAUAUUAUUACCUAUGUACAUACUACUGAAACCAUAAUUUGAAACUGAAUUAUCUAGCCUUUCUAGCUAACGUAUCUAGUGAGUGUAUAUCAAUGCCUUUAUUUUCCUGUAAAUAGCUGUAGUUUUCGCAGGGUCCAAAAAGAAAGGUUUAAUGCAAUUCUUAUCGUACGUGUGAUUUUAACAACGGACCCUACUGACUGUCGUUUUCAUUUCAUAGAAAACCAUAAACAAGUCUAUUAUAUUGAGAUUGUGUAUACCAUGUUCAUCUGUGUUAACGUUGCAAGCAAGGAUAACAUUUCACUGCAUAGAAUACAAGCAUUAUUACUGUGGUGAGUACAUCAUUGAAUGUCGCGCUUUUGUGGUGUUUAUUUCGAGUUCCAUAGGUUCUGCGAUAAGUUUUCAAAAAGGAAAUAAUGCAUUUACAUCGCGUCGCCAAUCAUUCUAAACUCCAGCUCUAUAAUCAGUGUAUCUGGAAAAAUGAAAAGAUACAUAUUUCAUAUUCAACUAUCUCUAGUAUAUGCGUUGAUCUUCAGACAUAAGUAUUCGCUGGUUCAGCGUUGAAUGAUGAUUUAAUUCCACAUCUCCUUCACUGGUUUACGUCUUGCCAGAGAUGGAGCCGCGCUGGUGUCCCGUUUACAAAAUGACAGACCCAUACGACGUUUUAAAUAGCUGUUGUUUGCGAAAUAAAAUUUGGAUCCCGAAAUCUCUGAGGGUUUACAUACGGCAGAUGUUGUACAUAAUCAUUUCUAAGGUCUUUCACAGUUAUUCUAGACUAUUUGUCCAAAGCUGAUCUAUAUGCUCAGCCACGUGAAUAUGAUUUUAUUUUAUUUAUAUUCGUAUGUAUUUAGUUGAAUUUGAAAUAGUUUAUUGAACUUAUUCAUGAAUCUAUUUAUUGGAUAAUGUUAUCUGUUUUGUUUUUCUUUUAAGACUUUACUAUGGUUCCUAAUUCCUAGGAAGAUAUUGAUGUAAUACAAGUCCAAGGAGGGCUCCAGUUGGUGGACAAUUAGGACGGGACGACACGGGCGAUAACUCCGAAAGUUUACUUUUGAAACUAUAACAUACGGCGUAUAUAUUCUGAAUGAUAUGGCACAAAAUUAGAAAUAUUUCAUACCAGCACACUCAUAACAUCGUGAUAUAUUCAUAUUUUCGUCUUAUUUUAGAUAAAUAAUGCCAAAAUAUAAAAAAGAUGAGCAAAAAUAUUUUUGAAAACAGAAAACUCAUCGUCAGAUGCCAAAAGUUGUCAAUUUCAUACAGAUAACCUAGUUUCAGUGUAAACGCCACACAUGGUAUUGCAAUCAAUCAAAUUAGAUACGCGGGUAAUAACCGGACUUUGAUGAUUUUUCUGAUGGGGGCUGUGCUGUCUCGCUUACCUGCCCUUAUCCAGUAUAUCUCAUGAAGUUCUGGUCGUGCUUAUCACGUGAUUUAUCAUCGAGAGGUUGUAUGCUUCUUCAAUCUGUGUAAAUAACAUGUUCCUUUCUUGAGUGUCAUUAGAUUUCAUUCUUUCAAGGUGUCAGCGACAUGGCAUAGCUUGUGCAUUUUCAGCCAUAAAUUAUUUUGUCCAGGACAUUUUGUCAGCCGGGGUUGAAAUUUCCUACACACCGGUACAUUACAACGAUGACGAAUCACGUGACCUGCCAAAAUGGUCACGAGCCAAUUAGAAUCGCCAGCUAGAUCUGUUAACGUUUCAUUUUCAUGCCAUUGCAAAACUGUUCUAACUAUUGCACAGUAUGUAGCCAUGCAAGGAGAAUAUGUAACGAUUUGUAAUAAAAUUGUAAAUUGUCA